AUGAAACUUCUUCUACGUUUCCUUGUGCUUUUCCUGUCCGCGGAGAAACAAAAAAUAUAUUCCGAGGUGGUUUUGGACUACAGCAAGUGUCAGAAAUUCUUCUAUAAAAGCGCUCCCCCUGAAAUCGGUUUUCUAAACCAACCUGAAUUAGACUUGGCGCAUAUUUGUCAAAAAUUGGGGAGCGUAUAUCACUUCGGUACCCUCUACAGCAAGUAUUGGAGAAUCCCUAUCUACAGCGCUUAUGAGUUACUAGAUCCACAAAAUUCGCUUACCGGACCGACCGGAGACCUUAUCGUCAUCAAAGAGUGUACGAGCGUGCAGAAAAGUCGUGGAACAUGGUUUUUCGAACCACAG